AUGAGGGAUCUUGUCUCAGGGACCUUAUCGGUUGCGCAAGUAGAGGAUUUCGGGAAGUACCUGGGGUUGCCUUCAGUUAUUGGCAGGAACAGAAGGGCGGUUUUUGCUUACGUCGAGCAAAAACUGAGGCAAAGGUUCGGCUCGUGGAAUAAGAGGAUACUGUCUAAAGCCGGUAAGGAGGUACUUUUGAAGAGUGUUGCUCAGGCUAUGCCAACUUAUACUAUGAGUAUUUAUCUGCUCCCGACUACUUUAUGUGCCUCUUUGGAAAGAUUGAUGAACAGGUAUUGGUGGGGUCAGAGUGGAAAUGACGGUAGCAUCCAUUGGUUGGCUUGGGAUAGGAUGUGUAAACCCAAGAAGUACGGAGGAAUGGGCUUCAAACGUCUUCAAGAAUUCAAUCUGGCUUUGUUGGCAAAACAAGGGUGGCGCCUGCUGACUAACCAGAAAUCCUUAAUGGCUCGGGUUUUUAAGGCAAGGUAUUUUCCUUCUACGUCUUUUUAUGAGGCUGUUUUAGGGGGUAAUCCUAGUUAUGUGUGGAGGAGCAUUAUGGCCAGUCAGAACUUGUUAAAGGCAGGGUGUCGGCGCAGAAUUGGCAAUGGCAGGAAUACUCGGAUAUGGAGAAUUCCUUGUCUACCGGAUCUGCAGAACCCCUAUGUUGAUUCUGUCCAGGUAGCUAAUGGCCAUGAUAUGUUGGUUUCGGAUUUGAUUAAUGCAAACACCGGGAGUUGGAAUAAUGAUUAUUUGUAG